UUCUCUCCCCCUCUACAUAUGAAAAUUAAUAACAUCGAUAAUCAAUAUUUGAUUUGUGUAUUGCUCUCAUGUGAAAAAUUAAACAAAGAAAAUUUUAAUAAAAAGCCCUCUCCUCUUAAUGGCACUCGCAAAUUCAUAAAAAAAUUUUCCCUCCUCCCCCCAUAAAAUAAUUUUUAAUUUUUCCCUCCUCCCUCCAUAAAAUAAUUUUUAAUUUUCCUCCCUCCUCCCCCCAUAAAAUAAUUUUUAAUUUUUCCCCCAAAACAUGUAAAAUGCCUUUAGCUAAUUUAUUAUUUUCUUUAUUAAUUCUGUUUUUAACAACAAUAUUGCCUAGCUAUACAAACCCAUUUACACAAGAACAAGCCGAUUGUGUUGCUAAUUAUCUUUUAAUUAGCAAAAAUUUUAAAACAAAAAUUUUUGCCGAGGAAUUUGGCGAAGAUUGGAAAAUUCAGAGAGGAAUUCCUAGAGAAUUAUUGGAAAAUCUGAAAAUAAAGAGAAAAGAAAUGGCUGAAGUAAUGAGUAAAGGUUAUGCAGAUGUCUGUUUUGGGAAAUUAGGCAAACAAAAUGAAGAGAACUUUUCUGUUAAGGAUAUCAAAACUACAACAGGCAAAAAUCAUUUAAUUUUAUCGAGGGACUUUCAGGACAAAUUAUCACAGCAAUCUUUAUGUUUGGCCAAUUUUUUAAUAGAAACUUUUGGUUCCGAAUUUAUUAAAGCAAUAGCUGUACCAUCUUACAAACAUAAUGAAGAAGUAGCAAUUUUAGAUCAUUUUAAAAAAUUGUGGGAGAAUGGAUAUUACGUUUUUCGUUUGAAGUUGAAGUUAACACUAAAUAAUCGCUUCAUUUUAGAAAAUUAUAAAAAAGGUACUCAAGAAUUUGAGGAAAUCGAAAAAUGUUACAAACAUUUUAGUCUAAAAGGGUAA